UACAAAAUCAAAUCAUCCCUAAACGCAAUUUUCACCAAAAAAACUGAAUAAAAGCGAAAAUUGAAAAUUGAAUUUAAACAAAAAUUAAUGGCACACAAGCGCUUGUUAAUCUACGCUGUGUUACUGGCGAUAUGUUAUUUAGUUGGCGUGACAUGGGCUGAGAGUGCAUCACAAACCCUACCAUUGGGUGGUGGCAGCAGCAGCACCAACGCCGGCCAAGGAGGUGCACUGCCACCAGCGGGCGCAGCAGCGAUAGCUGGAGCAGUAGGAGCAGCAAGUGGUCCAUCACCCAAACAAAUUGUUGUUACUCCUGCUCCCACGGCCUCGGCGCCACCAAAAGUUCUUAUAACGCCUGCUCCUGGCCAUAGUUCUUCCAACGCCAGCAGCACAGCGACCCCAGCAGCAGAAUGUGUCUGUGCUGGGGCUUUGCUUCCCCGUCUGGAUGCCAAUGGCAAGGAGAUGCCCAUCUGCGCCGAGUGCAAGUGCGCCCAUGUGGCGCGAAACACGACACUUAUAAAGGUCGUUGUCAUCAUUGUGAUUUGGAUUAUAUCCAUUUUAGUGAUAUAUAUGCUCUUCCUGAUGUGCCUGGACCCACUGCUGAAUAAGCGCGUAAAGGCCAACUACCAGGAGCACACCAAUGAAGAUGAUGAGCCGACACCGCCCCUGCCCGCCGCCACUAACCAAGAGCUGAGCGCCAGAGCCAAUGUCCUGAAUCGCGUCGGUCACCAACAGGACAAAUGGAAGCGACAAGUGCGAGAGCAACGACGACACAUCUACGACAGGCACACCAUGCUAAAUUGAACAAAUUAGCAAGUGUUUGGAUUAGCAGCGAAGGCGACUUAAGACAUGUAUUCCAAGCAGUAAACCAUAUUGGCCACUCAUUAGUUUGAUCAAAAUUAUCAUGUAUUUAGCCCCAAUUUAUUUAAAUAUAUUACAGUAAUCAAAUCAAACUGUUGA